AACACCUGCACACAGGCUAUUUUCAUCUUCAACAUCAUCUUCACCAUGAAGAUGCUGACUGCGGCUGCACUUAUUUGCACCAUUAUGGCUUUGACUACAGCUGAUGAUCCUGCAGAAGCCAAACUUGAAAAUGACCAAACAGCAGAGACAGACCUGGUCAAAAGGACAUAUGGGUGUUCCUAUGGUUGGAAAAGGAUCUAUGGCCGCUGUUUCCGCUACGUUUCAAGACCAUUGCGUUGGGCUCAAGCUGAGAAAAAUUGCCAGGCCAUGGGUGGAAACCUUGCAUCGGUACAUAGCUAUGGGGAGUACUGUAGGAUUCAGAGGCUGAUAAUUAAUCGCUGUCACGGGUAUAGAGCGGCAUGGAUCGGAGGCUAUGAUGCAGUAGAGGAGAAAGUUUGGCUGUGGAGUAAUGGUAGGCGAUUCAACUAUCGGUACUGGUGUCGUGGAGAGCCCAAUAACGGCUAUAAUGGCAGGCAGCACUGUCUGCAAAUGAAUUAUUCAGCUCAAAGGUGCUGGGAUGAUGAUUUGUGCUACAGCCGAAAACCAUCUGUCUGUGUCAAGAACCGCUACUGAUUCCUGACAUGUAGGUGUGCAGUAGCAUAAAAACUGGUAGAGGUGUGUUUAUGUGCCUAUUUUCAAAAGCAUCUGUCUUUGUGUUGAUCUAUCAUAUCAUAUCAACUCAUAUCAUUUCAUAUUAUUACUUCAUCUCUAUCGCUGUAACGCUACUUAAGGAAUGAAGCGACAAGUGACAUUAACAGAAGCUGGAUUGUCUCUCAGGCCUUGUGCCUUUAAUAAGAGCGGACUGAAUGUGUUUUGAAAGAAUGCUUUUAGCACCUUACUCUUGAAAGUGAACAAGAGCUGCAACUAAUGAUUAUUGUCAAUUGUUUUCUCGAUUAAUCAGUCAGUCAUUUGGUUUAUUAAAUGCCAGAAAAUGGUGAAAAGUGUUUCCAGCAGCCCAAGAUGCAUCCUCAAAUGUCUUGUUUUGUCCUGACCAACAGCAAACAACCCAAAGAUAUUCACUAUUUGUUUUAUUAUCA